UUGUGGAUGCAUCCCUCAAACCUGGCUGCCCCACCGUGCUGUACAGUUCAAAUGAGGAUCAACACAUUUUACCCAGGAUGCUCUUCACCCCAGUGCAUCACACAGACAUUUACAUGGCUCUGGGAAACCAGAUGAUAACGGUCCCUGUGGCCCAGUGUGGUGUGUAUCAGACUCUGAGGGACUGCUGGUCUGCCCUGGACCCCUUCUGUGGCUGGUGUGUGUCUCAGAACAGAUGCUCGUUUCAACAUGACUGUUCCAGCUCUGACUGGGUCUCAGUUCCUGGGACGUCCCAGCAGAGGGAGAUUAUUUCUGUCCACAUGAAGAGGAGCAUCAAUGGGCAGGACAUCACAGUUACAGCUGCACCCAACCUGAACAGUGGCAUACAUUUCGCGUGUGCUUUAGAGAAGUGUGACAGCCCUGGGCCUUCUUCCUGUUCCUGCAUCCUCUCUAGUGAGAGCUUUCCUGCCGAAGGACUCGGCCUAAGCGUCAACAUUACAAUCCAGAGGGAGACGCUCAUUAAGGACGUGCGUUUGGAAAACUGCUCCGCUAUCAGAGGAGGGCCACCUUCUGUUUUGUGUAUGCAGUGCUUCUUUGCAGGGUGUGUGUGGUCUCUCUCAGGUGAUGCUUGUACCUGGAGGACAGCCUCCACAACGGACAAUGUGACCACACAGGAUGUAUGUAGAAACCUCACGUCAGGACAGAACCAGACAAAGCCAGAAAUUCUGUCCAUGAGACCUGGUGAAGUUUCCAUCCAUGGUCGAAACGGUGCUGUUAUUCAAGGAAGGAACCUGGAAUCAGUCACAAAGGUCCGUUUCCAAGGAAACAUGGACUGCAAUCCAAAAGAGUCCCCAGUGUUGUCCCAUUCUGGAAACUCCAGUUCCGUUGAGUCGGUGAUGUUCCACAUUCCGAGUGGAACCAAAAGCACCGUGAGAGUGUGUGUGCUGACACCAGACGGCCAGUGUCAUGGCAACGCCAAACUCACCUACGCCUCCCAGCCGACCUGCAGAGGCCUUUCCCCAAAUACCACCUGGGCCAGUGGAGGCAGAGAGAUCUUGUUUGUGGGUUCUAAUCUGGAGUUUGUGGAGAAGGUGAAGCACAGUGGGUCAUCUGAAGAGAUCACCCCUGAACCUGGGAAACUCGGCUAUUCCACCCCCCCUGGUCUGUUGGACUCUCCUAUGCCCAUGCAGGAGUCUGUGAUGCUGAUAGUGGGGAACUACUCUGUGACCUGCAAAGGCAAGCUCACCUACCACCCAGACCCAGCACUUCACGAGCUUCACUACCACACGUACGGGCAAGGACAUGUCUGUCGUCAUACAGAAAACUGCAGACUCCCUGGUGUUGAAACAAGAAGAGAUCAGUGUACAGGCCAUGCAGGGGGAGAAGUCUUAUGGCUGUGUGAUUGAACGAAUCGAACCCAGUGCUGACACAACCUCUGUUGUGUGUGAGAUCAGUAAUCAGACAGGCCUCAGCAUAGACACACUGGAGAUCACUGUUGGAAGCUUUUCAGUAAGCCUUAAGAAAAGCCAGAACCUGUCGUACAUCAUCUCCAUCCCUAUCUUCAUCGCCGUCAUCAUCUGUG